AUGUGGACUGUGAUGAGUCUGUGUGGAGGAUCAAUAGGCCAGCUAGUAGUUGCAAAUCGGUCGUUAGCCCGUUGCAUCUCCGUUGACCGGAGAGGAGAAGGCCUUGAUGGCGUGGACGUGCUGGAAAAUAAAACGGAUGAUCAGUCUAGUAAGACGAAUCCUCUGGAAACCCGAGCAGUGGCUUGGGAUGAGGCCGAGCGUGCCAAAUACAUGGCAAGGUUUAAACGGGAAGAAGUGAAGAUUCAAGCAUGGGAAAAUCAUCAGAAGAGGAAAGCCGAAAUGCAGAUGAGGAAAGUCGAGGUGAAAGCCGAGAGGCUGAUUAUGUAG